UACUAGAAGCAAUAAAUACAGCUUCUAUCGUUCUCUUGUUAUCUACGACAGUUUUCACAGGUGGUACAUUCCCAUCGUUUAAGGUUGGGUAAAAUGGAACAUCAACCACAUCGCACGCAAGCGGACAGGAUGCAGUUGGCCACUAGAAAUUGCUUGUUCCGUUUGUUGUCUUUUCUUGACGGCAAGCUGCCACAAUACUGUGCCAUUCACUCCUUCGUUGGGGCGGCCCUCUCCACAACUAAUCCAUCGUAUCGUGUCUAUUAUCGAAAAGAAUGUCUUACAAACACUUUGCUACCUAAGGAAGAUAAUUACUCCCUUAUUCUAGGAGUUGGCCUGGAACUUUUGCAGAAAUCUGGUCAAGAAGUUAAGAUAUGGUUCUUGACAGCCUGGACUGAUGAUGAUGAUGGGAAAUUAGAAGACGCCUACGAGGACAUCAGUGAAAUCGACUGGAAUUCAGACCUUGUUGUCGGCCACUAUAAACAUCACACACCUCAUCCAUCCAUUACUAAUUUCCUUACUAAUAAACAAAUCAAAGGACAUUGCUAUCCAUGUUAUCAGUAUUCCAUACCUGUGAUGGAUGCCUUGAACUUUGAUUGCAGCGAAUUAAACGAUGUCUACGUUAAGAGCCUGGAACGUCGUCACGCUCAAUUGGUUUAUGAUCAUUGGCCCUACAAGGAAAGCACUGUAGUUGACAAUGUCGCCAUUGAAAUUGAACAACUGCCUUCUGCCGGUGUGUUUCUGAAAGAGAAUAAUGAACUGGUGUCGUGGAUAAUGUGUCAUCCGCCCAAUGGAAUGAGCCGGCUCCACACUCUGGAAGAGCACCGUCGUCGGGGAUAUGCAGCUCUGGCCGUCCAAUAUCUUUCGAAACGAGUGGCUCAAUCUGGUUAUGUUCCAUUUGUCAACAUGGACAUUGCAAAUGUUGUCUCAAAGCAGUUCUUUGAGAGCAUGAAAUUCACCCUCCUUCGUCCUAUCCAUAUAGGAAUUGCGGAUGGGGUUGGAAUACUAUCGUGAAUUCCCGUUUCUUAUGGUUACUCUGUUCAUUCCGUGAAUACUCAA